CAGACUGCUAGUCUACUUUACAGUAAAAGAAAAGGAAACCUGUUGACAUCGUUCAGAAUUUUAAAACAUUUCAUAACACAGAUGUCAUGUUUUCGAAUUUAAUUCUAAAUGUUAUGCGUAGAAUAAAAUAAAAGUCACCAAUGAGGACUAAAGAAUUAAAUAAGAGUCUUAUUAAGAUGAAUGCAAAUUUACCAAACGAGCUAAAAACAUUUGUUGGUAAUGCAAGUCGUCUGAAACAAAUUCUUUUUGAGACUAAGAAAUGCUUUGAAGACAUCAAUAAUUCUGGGCGUUUUGAUGGCACUCAGAUAAUUGAUGCAGAGUUGUUGAAAGAAGAGGAACUUGAAAUUACAUCAUUGAUAAAAAAUCCUCCCACCAUCGUUAUCUUUGGUCAAACACCAUAUGCAAAGUCUCGCAUUGUAAAUGAACUCUUCAGCAAAAACAUCUUCCCCCCACUGGAAGAAAACUCGGAUGUAAAGCUUCGAAUGGUGAGAAUCUUCCAUGGAGAUAAAAAUAGUCUGAGCUUGACCUUGCCAGAUGAUUUUGAUCUGGUUGACAACCUGGAGGCUUACAAUGGCCCAUGGAACACCAUACCCAGGGCAGACCUGGAGAUCCCCGCAGGCAACAAGUCUGACGAGGCCAGUGGACUUGCUGUCAUGGAGGUUACCCAGAACCACCCCCUCCUCCAGUUUGGUGCUCACAUUGUUGUCUCACCCUCCCAUCAGGAGGACCAGUUUGAGGACAUUGUCAAGAAAUGCAUUGAGAAUGCCACGCCCAUAAUUGUCUAUGGCUUUGCUAGUGAUAUGCUCAAUGAAGUGGAUGUGUUAGAACUCAGCCUGCUGCGCAAGUUGACCAACUUCGAGCCAAUAUUUUUUGUGCGUGUCCCACCCACUGGAUCCCGCACAGUAGACACAGACCCUCCAGAUGGCGCCCCUAGGGAGGUGUCUCCAGAAUCUUCCAACACAAAUCUCAGCUCUGUCGUCUCCGCAGACAACUCACCCUCGGCCAAAAACUCCCACAAUGCCAAGCACGUCAGCUUGGUGUACGAACAGCUUCAGCGACUUGGGUACCUCAACCUUGACCCCGAGAUGAAGCAGUUCAAGAAAAACUAUUACGACGUUGAAAGCAUCUUUGUGGAGAAGUUCACAGACUUCAGCCCCAGAAUGGCAGGCUUUGUUAAAAAAAUCCUCCAGAGUUACGCAGUGAACGCGUCGAGCGUGUUAAACAACUCCCACACGCGGUGCCUGAACAAGUUCAUCCUGUCAGCGUUUGACAUGGCGCGGGACAUGCUGAUCACGCCCAAGAAGCUGGAGUUUGCCAGGGAGAAGGAGGAGGAGCUGUACAAGUCCCUGCUCAAGAUCUCUGUCUCCAAGCUGGACGAAAUCAAGGAGCUCAUCUCCACCACCAUCUCCAUGAUCAGGUCCUGCCUCAUAGCAGAGGCAGCAGAGUUUGAGUUCAUUGGUAUUGACCUGGAUGAGAACAGGGGUGUGAGUACAGCCAAGGAGCUGCAGGCCUGUACAGAGCAGAUCAGAGAGAUGGUGCUCAGUCGACUCAACCACGCCAUCGCUGGGAAACUGGUCAGUUCAGUGGACAUCCUCAGGGACUCAUACACAGGAACUUUGACCAGAUGUUUAGAGAGUUUGGAGACUAUGGACAAGGAGAACCCUGAGGGGGCCAAGACAACAGAUGCCUUCAAACAGAUCUUGAAUGCUGCUUACACUGUGGAGAUUACAGUCCGGUCUAGCUCAUCCUUUAUCAAAAAUAUCUUAGAGAAGAUGAAACAGCUUGUCCAGUCCAUGCCUUGGAAAAGUUCCCCAGCCAUUGACAGCGAGUGGAAGAAAAAAGUGGCCUCGGAGAUGUUGAACAGUCUCAGUGAAUCCAGACUAGCAAAGAGUAUAGCAUCCCAAAUCAAGGAGCGCCUGAACAAGUCCCACGAAUCUUUCAGCAACGCCCUGCGUCAGCUAGAGACUCGUCACUCCGGCAGGCUGGACAAAAUAGAGGAACACCGACUCAAGCUGCGCAAGGUGCACGCCCCCAGACUGGCCAAGUUGGCUUUAGAGAGCACCUCACUCAAGGAUGUCAUCCUCUUUGGUAUGCCAGUGAUGGGAAGAGAAAUAGGGCGUGGCCAGUACGGGGUUGUGUACUCGUGCGACACCUGGGGCAAAUACUCCCCCUGUGCCAUCAAAUCAGUUGUCCCCCCUGAUGACAAACAUUGGAAUGAUCUCGCUUUAGAAUUCUUUUACACAAAGAAUAUUUCUGAACAUGACAGAAUUGUAAUGCUCAGAGGCUCAGUUAUAGACUACAUGUACGGUGGGGGGACGUCCCCAGCUGUCCUGUUGGUCAUGGAAAGGUUACAGAGGGAUCUUUACACGGCCAUCAAACAGGGGCUUGACUGGGUCAGUCGUAUCCAGGUGGCCAUUGAUGUGGUGGAGGGUCUCAGAUUUCUACACAGUCAAGGUCUGGUGCACAGGGACGUCAAGUUAAAGAAUGUUCUGCUGGACAAAGAGAACCGAGGAAAGAUCACUGACCUUGGCUUCUGUAAACCUGAGGCCAUGAUGAGUGGCAGCAUAGUUGGUACACCCAUCCACAUGGCGCCCGAGUUGUUUACUGGUCACUAUGACAACAGUGUCGACGUCUACGCCUUCGGCAUCUUGUUCUGGUACGUCUGCGCCGGCCAUGUCAGACUGCCCAACGCAUUUGAGCAGUGCGCCAACAAGGAUCAGCUGUGGCAGUCUGUGAAGAAAGGUCUUCGGCCAGAGCAGCCCCCCAACACAUCUGAGGACUGCUGGGUCUUGAUGCAGGGAUGCUGGGAAGGGGAGCCAAGCAAGCGGCCAUUUUUUGGUGAUGUUGAGGACACCCUCAAAGUUAUUUUAGAAAAAAACAAGCGUCGGGCCGCCUCCGCAGCCGCUGCAGAGAAAAAGACCGGGACAAACGACAGAAGAAAUCGCACAUCUGGUUCUCCACGCUUGAAACAAAUCUCCCCCAACAGAUAACAAGAGGGCACUUAUGUGUUGUUGUUAUAGAUGUGUGCCACACCCAGCUGCUGGGGACUUAACCACCUUUACUUUUGUGAUAGAAACAACACAAACACACCUUACCAGGUACACUGGAACUAAUACAGUCACACCUUACCAGGUACACAGGAACUAACAGUCACACCUUACCAGGUACACAGGAACUAACACAAACACACCUUACCAGGUACACAGGAACUAACACAGUCACACCUUACCAGGUACACAGGAACUAACACAGUCACACCUUACCAAGUACACAGAAGAUUUACAUCUAUCAUUGUUUUCUGAUGCUUGGCAAUCAUCUGCAUGGGCUACCAUCAGCUAUAUGCUACCAUCAAUAUGAGCCUUCUAACAACAUGAGCUUCUAUUUAAAAUGAGCUACCUUCAGCAUGGGGCUACCACCAGCCUGAGGCUAAUCUGACCAUGAAUGAAUGGUCCUACCUGCUUGUUGAAAUCUUGAUGCAGUGUUGACCCGUGUGUUGACCCUUGUGCUGACCCAUGUUGACCCAUGUGUCACCAAUAUGCUGACCACUCCUAUUGUCUGUACAUAGUGUUCCUACUCAAGGUAGACAAUCAUCUGACUUGUACAUUAUUAGCCUAUGAGUUACUUCCCCUAUGUGUUGCUACAGUAUAUAGUGAAUACACCCAGCCAAGUUACAAGAUUUCUGUGUGUGAGAAUGGAAAAAUGUUCUGCAGGUUCUAGAGGCUCAUGGAUUUGAUGUUUGUUGAUGUACAAGGUUUAGAUUUGUGGAUUAGACAAUAAUGUACAAUUUGGACUUUGAUAUUUGUGUAUUAAAGGUAUACUUUUAGAUUUGUGUAUUAGACACUUAAUGUACAAGGUAUACUUUUUGAUUUGUGUAUUAGACACUUAACGUACAAGGUAUACUGUUUUGAUACCAGUUUACAUCUGCUCUGACCGUUGUACAAUAUUGCUAGUGUACACAGGUACUGUGACUAUUCAGGUACUAGCUGGUGGGGUUUUUUUUAGUUUUUGAUUGAUGAAAAUAAAAACAUUUUAAUUCGAAAUAAAAGGUGACUGGAAACAACACCAGACAGGGAAUUAUUUAUUUAUAAAGCAUUAGUAGACAAAAACAAGGUAUGCCCACAUGUACAUCGUAGCUAAAACAUUUCCCCACGGAAUUGGACAUAAUUAAAGUGUAUUUUUAUAAUAAGUUUUUUUUUGCACAUUGUUCUGUUUGCAAAGUUUUCUGGGAACUCAAUUAAGAAUCUAUUAGGUACAUUUUUUUUACCUGAGGUUUUUUAAAGAGGAAAUGUGUUGAUCUUAUAAAUAUUUGAUCUUUGUUGUGAGGUAAAUUGUGUUGGUCCCCAGUGGUAGCUAGGGUCAUGUUGACCUGAUGACACUGUAACCUUUAACCUUUUGUAUUUUGUACAGUGUAUUUUAGAUGAAUUUUUACCUGAUGAUGUACAUAUGACAUUUGAUAAAAAUAGAAUGAC